AUGUCGCCAAUUACAAAUUUCUUCAAUUCCAAAGAUAUAAAUAAAAUAAUUUUUGUGAAUGAUAUGCGCUCAUUUUUAUAUAUUGUGAUUUGUUAUUGUGGAUUGUACAGCAGGAUUAAAGCAUGUAUAUCCGGAAAAGGGACAAACAAAAAGCGUGAUUCUGUCCGAGAAUCGGUAGUGCCGCAGCACGCUAAGGUAUACGGCAAGUACUUUUCUGGCAACCGGGGCGAAAGAAUGCAUCGCAUAUGCUCAUCAGACUCACUCAAUAAUCCCAAUGCAUCAGAAUCAAUGUCUGAGAUUGCAGUCCACCCGUGGCGUGCCAAUGAAACUACCUCUAGUAACAGAGCAUAUGGGGCGCAACAGGGAGCAUCAGGAUCGUAUAAUACAGCGAGUUCGGGGCGAAAUUCGCAAUCACGAAUACGUUGUGAGGUAGCUACAGCUCGUGAAGGUGAUUAUGACAAUCUUUCGCGCUCAAGACUCUACCAAAGCGCCACUGAUAAGAGCAUACUAUCACGAGUGGAUGAAGAACCAGCUCAAAACCUUCGUCAACAUGAGCACGAAAUACCCGAAGAAGCAUCUAAUCGUUGUGAAACAGGCAAAAAACGUGAUGAUAUGGGGACAAUGUGUAAGAAUUGCCACCAGCGUUCAGCUUAUUGUACUAUAUUCACGCAAAAGAAAGGAGAACCGCUGAUUGAGACUACCCGACAAAACAAAACGCCCAUAAAAAGUACGUGUGAUGAUGAGUUGCAAACUCUACAGGCACUGCAACGACGUAUAGAUCAGAAAAUGAGAAGUUUAGAAGAAGAGAUUAAUAGCAUACAUAGCAAGUUAGAUAGACGUAAAAAAAACGAUAAACGAAUGUAA